AUGGUCCGCAUGUCCGUCCUCGCCGAUUGUCUUAAGACGAUGUACAACGCCGAAAAGCGCGGCAAGCGCCAGGUGUUGAUCCGCCCGUCGUCCAAGGUCAUCGUCAAGUUCCUCCAGUGCAUGCAGAAGAACGGCUACAUUGGCGAAUUCGAGAUCGUCGACGACCACCGCGCCGGCAAGAUCGUCGUCGAGCUCCGCGGCCGCAUCAACAAGUGCGGUGUCAUCUCGCCCCGCUUCGACAUCAAGCUCCAGGACAUGGAGAAGUGGAUCAACAACCUCCUCCC